AUGACAUCUUCAUCUAUAACGGCUGUCGAAGCUAUUGAAGUUAAUAACAAUGAAACACUCUCUUACGUUGAAGUGCAAAAGCACAUUGACUCUUUACCAGAGAAAUGUCGAGAAAAAAGCGUUAUUAAACAGAGUACAUUUGAUGGUAUUGGAAAAGGCAAAUAUGCAUGGGCGUUUCCGUUAAAAUAUAAGUCAGCUGUCGAUAUUUCCUUAAAAUUGCAAGAACUGUUUUUUCUUUUUGGUCCUCCGCGAAUACUUCAUAGUGAUAAUGAAAAAGAAUUUGUCGCAAGUGUUAUAACAGAGUUAAAAAAUUUGUUUCGAAAUUUAUGUUUUGUUCUAGGGCGUCCCCGUCAUCCUCAAAGUCAAGGUUGUGUUGAAAAGGCGAAUGAAGUUUUGGGCGAUGCGCUUGAAAAAUGGAUGUUAGAAAACGAUUCUAGUCAUUGGUCUGAUGGUUUUUUGCCCGUUGUUUAUGGAAUCAAUACUCGAGUUUCUAGUACAACAAAAUCAACACCAGAUGAAGUCGUGUUUGGCCAAUCGCCUCGUUCUGAUUCAAAAUUUUGGAAGCUUGUUAGUCAAAAUGGAAUUCUAGAUGAAGAAGAUUUACCAAGCCCGGUUGUUAGUUUGGAUGAUGAUAUCGAAAACUCUACUGAUGUUGUUUGA